GCCCUAUAAGCAGUACAACAUGCUGAACGCAGAUACCACCCGCAACCUCAUGAUCUGCUUCCUCUGGAUCAUGAAAAAUGCCGAUCAGAGCCUCAUUAGGAAGUGGAUUGCUGACCUACCUUCCAUGCAACUGAACAGGAUUCUAGACCUGCUUUUCAUCUGUGUCUCCUGUUUCGAGUACAAGGGAAAGCAGAGUUCUGACAAAGUCAGUAACCAAGUGCUGCAGAAGUCGAGGGAUGUCAAAGCCAGACUGGAAGAGGCCCUGCUCCGUGGAGAAGGGGCCCGAGGGGAGAUGAUGCGCCGUCGUACUCCAG